AUGAUAACCGGAAAGGACAUAUACGACGUGCUGGCGGCCAUAACCCCUCUCUACGUGGCCAUGAUCCUCGCGUACGGCUCGGUUCGCUGGUGGAAGAUCUUCACCCCCGAUCAGUGCUCGGGUAUCAACCGUUUCGUGGCCGUUUUCGCCGUCCCACUCCUCGGCUUCCACUUCAUCUCCACCAACGACAUCUACGCCAUGAACUACCACUUCAUAGCCGCCGAUUCCCUCCAAAAAGUCGUCAUCCUCUCGGCUCUCCUCCUCUGGCAUUCCCUCUCGAAAAACGGGUCCCUCGACUGGACCAUCACCCUCUUCUCCCUCUCGACCCUCCCCAACACCCUCAAUGUGUUCUCGGUGCAGUCGUCGAAGGGGGCGACUCCGCGCACGUCGAACUUUGACGAGGCAGCAGCGGCUGCCGCCGCCGCAGGUGGGAACAGGAGGAAGGCGGCGGCCGGGAACCGGAGCAUGAGCGGGGAGCUUUUCCCGCCGCCGUUGUACCCACCGCCGAACCCGGCGUUCUCCGGCGGGACCAACCGGAGGAAGGACGGAGGGAACAAUAAGGAGCUGCACAUGUUCGUGUGGAGCUCGAGCGCGUCACCGGUGUCGGAGGCCAACAUGAGGAACGCCGUGAACAAGGCGGCGGGGGAUUUCCAACAGGAUCUUGUGGCGGCGGUGCCCCCGCCGCUGCCGACUAAAGAAAAUGGGAGUGGGGAGCACAAGGAGAUUGAGAUUGAGGAGGCGCCAAAGUUUCCGACGAGCGCGUCGCCAUAUUCGUGUCCGAAGAAGUUUGAUGACGAGGAGGACGGAGAAAAAAAGACGCAAAUGCCCCCGGCGAGCGUGAUGACGAGGCUCAUACUCAUCAUGGUGUGGAGGAAGCUUAUCAGAAACCCCAACACUUAUUCCAGUCUGUUUGGACUUAUUUGGUCUCUCAUCUCAUUCAGGUGGAAUAUUCAAAUGCCCUCAAUAGUGAAAGGUUCGAUAUCGAUUUUGUCCGAUGCAGGCCUCGGCAUGGCCAUGUUUAGCCUUGGUUUGUUCAUGGCUUUGCAACCAAAGAUCAUUGCUUGUGGAAAAUCGGUCGCCACAUUUUCAAUGGCCGUAAGGUUCUUAACCGGCCCAGCCGUCAUUGCCGCAACUUCCAUUGCCAUCGGCCUCCGAGGAAUUCUUCUGCACGUCGCGAUCGUUCAGGCUGCCCUUCCACAGGGGAUUGUACCCUUUGUGUUUGCAAAAGAGUACAAUGUGCAUCCAGACAUACUUAGCACUGCGGUUAUUUUCGGAAUGUUGAUUGCCUUGCCCAUCACAAUUUUAUACUAUGUGCUUCUUGGAGUAUAA